CGCAGCGCCACGCCUGUCACGGCUCAGUCAGAGCCUGGUGGGUGGAGGAGAGAUUUUGUUUAUUUUCGCCAAUUAGGCAUUCAUCUGGAUUCUGUUAGCAUAAAAAUCCUGGUUGAAUUUCAAUGAAGUGUCGUAGGUUGAUUAGGUGAACGUGUGCGGAGAAGACUGGUCAGUGGUCGACUGACUUCGUGAGAUGCUGGAUUUCGGGAACAACAGAAAGGAAGGUUCGUUAGCGUCAAGUUGGUCUGUUAGCCAGCUAGCAACAAUAUUCAAAACGUAAGAUAGCCGGUCAGGUUUUAUGUAGCUAGAGCUUCGUUGACUCCAUCUUCUACGAGUGGAUCUACGCUGCUUUUCCGUGAAUUACUGUGGCUAAACGUGGGCUGCUUUGGUUAGAGGAAUAAUUUCUCAUUGUCACUACAACAACAAAAGAAAAAACAUAAAGGACGCAGCUGGAAAGCCCACCCAGUCCUGAAAACUACAAAGCAAGAUGUCAAUCACAAACACUCCUACAAGCAACGAUGCUUGCCUGAGCAUCGUGCACAGCCUCAUGUGCCACCGGCAGGGAGGGGAAAGUGAAAGCUUUGCAAAGCGGGCAAUUGAGAGUCUUGUCAAGAAGCUGAAGGAGAAGAAGGAUGAGCUGGAUUCUUUAAUUACUGCCAUCACCACAAACGGGGCUCAUCCAAGCAAGUGCGUAACCAUACAGCGAACUUUGGACGGACGCCUACAGGUUGCAGGGCGUAAAGGUUUCCCCCAUGUCGUCUAUGCCAGACUGUGGCGAUGGCCAGACCUCCACAAGAAUGAGUUAAAACAUGUGAAGUACUGCCAGUAUGCCUUUGACCUGAAAUGCGACAGUGUCUGUGUCAACCCAUACCACUACGAGAGGGUUGUUUCUCCAGGAAUUGACUUAUCAACAUUGACCCUUUCAAAUUCAGGUCCUCUUAUAGUGAAAGACGAGUUUGAUUAUGAAAACCAGCAGUCACACUCCAGCUCUGAAAGCCACCUGCAGACAAUCCAGCACCCUCCAUCGAGGCCUGUCCCCCCAGAUACGUUCAGCAACAACCCUCUACUACCCCCAUCGGAGGGUAGCACUUCAGCUUCCUCUUCUGCUUUCUCCACCAUUAGUGCUGGACCUUCAAAUCCGACUCCGAACUGGAGCAGAAACAGCAGCUUCCCCCCAGCGGUGCCACAACACCAGAAUGGGCAUCUACAGCAUCACCCCCCGAUGCCUCACACAGGCCAUUACUGGCCUGUUACCAAUGAAAUUGCAUUCCAACCCCCUAUAUCCAACCACCCAGCUCCAGAAUACUGGUGCUCCAUUGCGUACUUUGAGAUGGACGUCCAGGUUGGCGAGACUUUUAAGGUGCCGUCCACAUGUCCGAUAGUCACUGUGGACGGUUACGUGGAUCCAUCAGGAGGAGAUCGCUUCUGCCUGGGCCAGCUGAGCAAUGUCCACAGGACAGAGAACAUUGAGAGAGCAAGGCUUCACAUCGGCAAAGGUGUGCAGCUGGAAUGCAAAGGUGAAGGCGACGUGUGGGUGCGCUGUUUGAGCGAUCAUGCAGUGUUCGUUCAGAGCUACUAUCUGGAUCGAGAAGCCGGGCGCGCCCCGGGCGACGCCGUUCAUAAAAUCUACCCCAGUGCUUACAUCAAGGUGUUCGACCUGCGCCAGUGCCACAGGCAGAUGCAGCAGCAGGCGGCGACGGCGCAGGCAGCAGCUGCAGCUCAGGCAGCAGCCGUGGCUGGGAACAUCCCAGGACCGGGCUCAGUGGGAGGCAUCGCCCCUGCCAUCAGUUUGUCUGCUGCGGCGGGAAUCGGAGUCGACGACCUGCGCAGGCUGUGCAUUCUGCGCAUGAGCUUCGUGAAAGGCUGGGGGCCCGACUACCCACGGCAAAGCAUCAAGGAGACGCCCUGCUGGAUCGAAAUCCAUUUACACCGAGCUCUGCAGCUUCUUGACGAAGUUCUGCACACCAUGCCCAUAGCUGACCCUCAACCUCUUGAUUGAAGUAACAUUCAACAAACUGUACAAAAAUGAAAAUACAAAUGUAAAAAAAAAAAAAAAAAAUCAAUAGAAAAUGUAAAAAAAAAAAAGACAAUUAAAAAAAUACUCGUGACUGGACCACUCCAUCUGUAGGCCUGGAGUGCUAAAGGAGGACUGCAAUCAUAUGAAUGUUGUAUAGCUCGUAGUUGAAGAAAGGACCUAAAGGCCGGCGGUAUACUCCAAACUGGAAAACACAGUCAGCACUAUAAUCACUAAAUUUCAGGAUGCUGCUGAUUGAGCACAUCACAGUAUUUUUGAAAACAUUUUACCAGCAUCAUGCAAAUUAAAGUGUCGUCCCUCUGUUAACAUAUAUGAAUUGUGUAAAGCAAAGUCUUUAUCCAAAAUAAUAAAAAAAAUAAAUGUUUCUACAAUCGUAAAAUAUCCUCAAUCUGUUUACUGUAAUUUCUCAUCUGUUUGUCCGAAAUGUAUUUGUAGUUGGAGUAUACUGCUGGUGUGUUGGGCUGAAAAGGCUUUCUCUAACAAGAAAGCCAUUUUCUCCCUCUCAGAUCAGGGCCUGUAAGGAAAACUGUAUGUUACUCAUUCUCUUGUAAUCUUAAAAAAAAAAAAAAACAGAUUUCAGUGAGAAGUUUAUAUUCUUUUAAAUAGUUUUAAAGAACACACAGAAAGCCAAUUUAGAGCUCAGCAUCUUUCAGCUCCAUUGUUGUAUUUUUUUAAAUCAUCUAUAACUGUUUUGAACCUUGAUUUUUGUUGUUUUUCUCCUAUUAGAACUGAAAUACUUACAAACAGAAGUAUCAUGUUUUGGUUAGGUGUCCAUUAGCACUUUAUCAGUUUUGUUUGUGUUUACUCAGCUGUAUCCAUAUAUUCUUAGUAUAGCUGAUAUUUGUCAUACUGCGUUCUGUAGAAAAGGACAAAUUUGCUGUUGCCCCAAAAAUAUCAAGUCUUUUAUGCUGAAAGCGGUUUGAGUGGCUAAAUAACAUCAAAGUGGCUGGAAUUACUGACAAAUUUGGGUAAUAGACUUAUCUUAACAGCAGCUGGAAAAGUGUUAAAGGAACUGCGAGGAAGCGUAAGCCAUAAUGAUGCCAAAUAUACAUUUGGAGGUUCUUGUGAGAUGACCAGACUGAGGUGGUUUCAGUAUUACUUUGCUCAUUAAAAGUUUAGUUUUCUG